AUGCUCAAGGAUAAGGAAGAAGAUGAGGUACAGCUGGGUACCGCUUAUUUAUUUUUCACAGGACUGGUGCCUUUUCUAGGGCUCUCAAUAAACAAUGCUGCAAGAAUUACUCAUUCUUCUGUGGGCAGAACACCAGUGACAAAGGGCUCUACAUCAGUUAUUGAGCUUCUAGGUUUCCUACCACUGGCUGGUAAUGCAAAGGAAAACACUAUUCGUCAAUUAGAACAUCGGAUUUCCAGGCUCGAAGGAGUUCUCCACUUGGGAAAGAUGAUAACAACAUCAGGAGGAAAAAUAUUUGCUACCAAUGGGAAAAAAGCUGAUUUCCAUGCUACACUGAAAACGUGCCAAGAGGCUGGAGGGUCUAUUGCCACUCCAACAAACCCAAGUGAGAAUGAUGCCAUUCUGUACUUUGUGAAAAGUUAUAAUACCUAUGCCUACCUGGGGAUAAAGGAAUCUCUAAUUCCAAGUAAAUUCCAGUUCCUGGAUGGUACAAAACUGAGAUAUACUAACUGGCAUUCAAAGGAACCUUCUGGCAAAGGGGAAGAGGAAUGCGUGGAAAUGUACACUGAUGGCACUUGGAAUGACAAAAGAUGCAACCAGAAUCGCCUCAUUGUCUGUCAGUUUUAG